CGAGCCGAUACAGGAAGUGCAAGUCAGCUGCUGGCAAAGAUGAACAAAUCGCGAUGAAGACACCAGAAACUUAAGCGAAUAAAAGAAGUGUCUCCGUGUCGUAGAGACAUCAAUGAAUGUGCGUCACAAACGAAGGUUACCAGAAUGGAGAGAGCCGUCAGAUUCAUCUUCGUGUCGCUGGUUGUCUUUGUAUCGAAGAUAAGCUGCCAAGAGGCGAUCUUGCACAUUUCAAAUGGAAACAUAGAUAAGGAGUACUGUAUCGUCCACAAUCAGUCCUGGACCCCUCUGUCACAAACCCUUGAUGCUGCUUUUCAGUUUCCACUGGUGAAUAUGACCUACACUGUCCUGUGUGACACCUCUGGGGUCAGUCCAGGUGUGCUAAAGGGCAAAGCGGUGGUUGUGAUGAGGGGGGACUGUGAAUUCAGCCAGAAAGCCCUGGUUGCUCAGAGCCUUGGAGCAACAACUCUGCUCAUUGCCAGCAAAACAUUAUUGAUCACUCCAUCAGCCAAUGACUCAGAGUAUUCAAAGAUACAUAUUCCUCUGGCUCUCAUGAGGGACAGGGACUUUCUUGAAGCACAGAAGGUGUUUGGUGAAGGGAUGCAGGCGAAGCUUUAUGCUCCACCUCACUCAAAGAUUGAUCCAAGCAUUGCAGUCAUGCUACUGAUUGCCAUCGUCACAGUCGCCUUGGGCGGCUUCUGGAGCGGAGCGUGUGAGAGGGACCGGUUGAAUGGUGCUGUUGCAGGGGGAGGAGGGGGAGAGAGCAAAGCAGACAGCGGAGAUAUUUUCCUGUACUCUCCUCUCAAAGUGGUCAUCUUUGUUGCCAUGAUGUGUGGGAUGCUGGUCCUCAUGUACUUCUUCUACAACGUCCUUGUUUACGUCAUUAUUGCUAUAUUCUGCAUGGCGUCUGCCUCUGCACUCUUCAGCUGUCUAGAUGCAGUGAUGGAUUUAAUUGGUUGUGGCACUGGGAGCUUCUCCAUCCGAAAUUACAACUUCUCUGUGAGGUCGCUCAUUCUGGCUGCUGUGUGUAUUAGCAUUGCUGUGGUCUGGGGCGUCUACAGGAAUGAAGACAGAUGGAUCUGGAUCUUGCAGGACCUCCUUGGCAUUGCUUUCUGCCUCAACUUCAUGAAGACCAUUUCACUGUCCAACUUCAAGAUCUGUGUGAUUCUGCUGAGCCUCCUGCUUGUGUAUGACGUCUUCUUCGUUUUCAUCACUCCUUUCUUCACCAAGAAUGGAGUUAGCAUUAUGGUGCAGGUUGCCCUGGGCCCGGAUGCUUCAGGAGAAAAGACGCAAGGUAACAUGGUGGAGGUCCCUGCUGAACCCCAGGCUCCCUCUGAGAAACUGCCGGUCGUCAUGCGUGUCCCUCGGUUCACAGCGUGGGCUCAGAACCUGUGUGGGAUGCAGUUCUCCAUUCUGGGUUACGGAGAUAUCAUUGUUCCAGGUCUCCUGGUUGCCUACUGCAGCAGAUUUGAUGUUUGGAUCAACAGUCGCAAGAAGAUCUACUUUGUCUGCUGCUGCAUAGCCUAUCUGCUGGGAAUGAUUGUCACAUUUGCAGUGAUGCUGCUGUCAGGGAUGGGCCAGCCCGCACUACUCUACCUGGUGCCCUUCACCCUGAUAACCUCCGCCGUGGUGGCUGGGUGCCGGGGAGAGAUGAGGCAGUUCUGGGCGGGAACCACCUAUGAGGUGAGAGGACCGGUCUUGGACUCGUCAAGGGAACCUUUGCUACCAGAGGGAAGAACUGACCGCUGCAUAGGAGAAGAAUGCUGACUCACAAUGUUGAGAAUGGACCCUGCUGCUGGAUGCUUUUUUAAAAAUUGUGAUAUAAAAUUGUCAAAGCAAGGGAACACAUGUUAAUGAUCAACAGAUUCUUGAAACAGCAAGGGGUUCAUUUGUCUGCUGCAAAUGGCUAGAAGAUUAAUAAAUAUUGUGUUGGCUUGUUUAGUGCCUGAAAGGUUUGUUAGGCUCACGUUCAGAAAACUGUAAUGACUUUGCCUUGGUGAUGAUUGCAUACAACAAAAUGAGGAAGCACUUUAUAACACUCAGCUUGACAGUUGUUUCAUCAGGGUUGGGGUGGGUUUUAAAUUACUUGUAGCCAGAAUACGAUACAUUUUUGAUAACUGUUUUGGGAUUUCUGUGUAACCUGUUUGUAUGAUGUGAUUUCUUUCAUCGCCUUAUAUUAAAGUGAACUUAUAUUUAA